AUGGAAUUGCCCAUAUGGUGCUGGACAGAAGUACAACAGAGAUCUUUCAAACAGAUCAAAGAGAUGCUGAUCUCAACAGAAGUCUUGGCUCAUUAUGAUCCUGAACUACCAACAGUCAUUGCAGCAGAUGCAUCCUGUGCCGGAAUUGGUGCAAUCCUGUAUCAAGUGCAGAGAGAUGGAAAACGUAGACCAGUGUGUUAUGCAUCUCGAUCACUGACAGAGACUGAGCAGAGGUAUGCUGUGAUCGAAAAGGAAGCACUGGCAGCUACUUGGGCAUGCGAGAGAUUCUCUGAGUAUGUCCUGGGUCUUCACUUCGAAGUAGAAACCGACCACAAGCCAUUGGUCACACUUCUGAACUCGAAGGAACUUGCCAAAAUGCCUCCGCGUCUCCAACGCUUCAGAAUGAGAAUGAUGAGAUUUGACGCAAAGACUCUGUAUGUUCCUGGAAAACAGCAGACUUCGGCUGACACCUUGUCACGAGCGCCAGUAGAGAGGCCAGGAAGGAAUGAUGUCAGUUUCAUAGAGGAGGUUGAAUCCUAUGCGUCAACAUCAACCAUCAACCUACCAGUUACAGUGAAAAGACUAGAUGAAAUCAGAAAAGCACAAAAAGCAGAUGAAGUAUGUGCAAAAGUCAGGGACUACUGUAUCAAGGGAUGGCCAGAAUAUAUGCCACACAACCCUAUCCUGAAGAACUACUUUGAGCAGAGAGGACACUUGAGUGUGGUAGAUGACUUGCUAAUCUAUGAUGAAAGAUUGGUGAUUCCAAGAGCUCUGAGACUUGAUAUCCUUGAGAGGCUACAUCAAGGACAUCUAGGAAUAACCAAAUGCAGAGGAAGAGCCAGAGAAUCAGUGUGGUGGCCAGGUCUAUCAACAUCAUUGGAGGAAAUGAUUUCAAACUGUACAACCUGUGCUAUCCAUCGACCACAAGUCCAAGAGCCUUUGAUGACCUCGUCCUUCCCUUCAAGGCCAUGGGAACGUCUUGGAAUGGACUUGUUCGAACACAAAGGAAAAACAUUCCUGAUAGUCGUUGACUACUACUCAAGGUGGAUUGACAUCAAACAACUGCAAGGUCAGACAACAGCAGCAGUGAUUUCUUCCCUGAAAGAGAUCUUUGCAACACAUGGGAUUCCAGACCUUGUAGUAUCAGACAAUGGCCCACAAUUUGCCAAUGAGAACUUCAGAAAGCUUGCUGAAGAGUAUGGAUUUGUCCAUACUACCAGUUCUCCAAGGUACCCACAGGCAAAUGGUGAGGCAGAACGAGGAGUUCGCACUGUCAAGGCAUUGCUGAAAAAGAACCAUGACAUCAACCUAGCCCUUCUCAGCUACCGAGUGUCUCCACUCCAAAAUGGGCUAGCUCCAUCAGAACUUCUCAUGGGCAGGAGAUUGAAAACUCAGGUUCCUGUGUUACCACACACGCUCCUGCCACAACUACAACAGCAGGACCUGAAAUCUGUGAGAGAGAAAGAGGAGAAGUACCGGUCAGAUCAGAUGAUGACCUACAACAGACGUCAUGACUCACGUGAGCUUCCAGAGCUACAGCCAGGAGAUCUGGUUUGGAUCCGUGAUCAGUCUCGCUAUGGGAGAGUUAUCCAGAAAGCAAUACAACCAAGAUCCUACCAUGUCCAGACAGAGCAUGGUACAAUACGUCGCAAUCGGAAGGCACUGAUUUCCAUUCAGGACCAGGCAAAGACGACAGUGCCAGAUCCUUCCAGUGACGUGCCAACCAGCCCUGAUGAUCCUGAUGGUGAGCCAGAUACCCUGCAGCCUACCCAGCAGACUGGCCCGAGUCAGCAAGGUGCAUCACCAACAAGAGGUAUGACGGAAACACGAACAAGAUCCGGACGACUUGUAAAACCGCCCAACAGACUGUCUCUUUAA